AUGUACGAGGUAGAAAUCGGGAUGCCCACGACCACUUACCACCAGCAGACGGCACAGGAAUAUGUGUCCGUGGUGUUCCCCAGCUCCACCACCCACGUGUAGACCUCUCAAACAGCCAAGAUGGUGGGAGAGGAAGUAGUGACAAGGAAGUCGUCCAGCACACUGACCUCAGAUGAUUCAGACAAGAACAGGUGUGUUGCAAGCAAUGAGCACACAGAUGCCAUUACACCAUCCCUGCUGGUAACAGAGGGCGAGCCUGUCUCCUCCUCCUGGCUUUUUCUCCUAGGAACCAGGGCUCCCUGACCCCCCCCCCAAAAAAAAUAGAAGCAGAAGGUGGCAGAAGAGAAGGAUGCUGGGAGUUUGGCCGAGGUACCAGAGACAGUCAUUAGGAUUCUAAAGGCACCAGAAGACAUAGAGACCAAAGUUGACACCACCGCGGUCUUUGACCGCAUUGUGGAGCUGAAGGACCCCAACACUGAAAUGAUAUGGGACAAGUUGGGGACUGAGCUUUUCAGGAUCCAGUAUUCCCUGGGAAAGGAGCAUGUGAGGAAGGUGGGCACCAAGUACAUGCUGGUUAUUACCAACAUAAACAUGAGCAAUGCCAGUUUCUACAGCCUGACUGUGGGAGACAACUGGAUGAGUGCUGUAAAGAGACUUGAUUUUGUGCGGAAGUUCAACAGGAAUGAGCUGAAGAGGGGUGACAAGUGGGAGAUCUCAGGCCGUGAGGGUGGUCUGACCUAGACACUUAAGAUCAAAGAUGCCAGACUCGGCAACAGUGCCAAGUUCUCUGCCCGAGCAGGAGCUUCAUACAGAGGCUCAUAUCACUAUGAGUGGUUCAAUGUUAUGUAAGUGACCAAGAAGGAGCAUGUGUCCAUGGAGCACAGAGAAGACCAGAUCACCAUCUCCAAUUGUGUACAUAAAGACAUCAACUUGGUCCUGCUCAAGCUCAAGAAUGACAGUCACACAGCAACUGCUACUGGUGUGCACCUCAAUGUGCUAGGGGAGGACUGUCCGAAGCCUUGCCAAGGCCAAGUGCAGUUCCUGGAGCUCUUGGUUAACUGUGUGCACAGGAAAUGGAAGGGCUCACCACUACCUGCUGUGACCUGGCAGAGAGACAGCAUUACUAUCAAGGGCUGGAAAACCACCACCAAGGUCAAAAACUGUCCCCAGUUCCUCGUUAGCAGCACCAAGUGUUCCGACUAAGGAGUGUGUCGGACCUUGCUCCAGAAUAAGUUUGGAGGCGCACACUAUGGUGUCUACGUGCUAGUGGUAGUGACUCUCUGGAUCCACAAUCCUGAUGUCCAGGAAGACAGUGAUGACCACUAUGUCACCUGCUGGUUCACUGCAGCCAAGCGUGUCUUCAGCAACAAGUGCAUGGUACCAGGCAGGAAAUGCUACUUCAGAUUGGUAGUCAUGGGUGACAGCAACCCACUACACUCCAAGGAUACCUGGCUUUUCAAUAGACUACACCAUCACUGGCAGUUCCUUGGGAAACCAUGGUUCAUGUUGACUAUCUACAAGGGUGAUGUCAACAUCACUGUCAAUUCCAAGUUCUGGCAUAACUUCAGCAGCACUGUAUGUACCCUGGUCAUCCCCACCUGCAUACUGAAGGACAGUCAUGAAUAUGCACUGAAGAAUGAGGUAGGCAAGGACCAUAGCAGCUGCGUGGUCACUGUCUAUGGAACACGGAUUGGAGCCCUGGUGCCACCACUGUCUAGUCACCUCUCUUGUUUACUCACCUACUGGGUGAUGAGGAAGCGCCUAACACAAUUCCUGGAAAAUACCAAGUAUGACUAG